GAAACUCUAGCCGGAAGUACACAAACUCACAUGUUACAAACGGUUACAAACACGGGCGGCUGAACUUAUAAAAGUGUAAAGAACACAUUUACGACGUUUAAGGUGUAAAUGUAGGUGCAGUUGGAAAAACGUGAAUGCUAGACACUUAUAAUGACGAGGAUAUGUACAUUAUAGAUAUGUUCGGUUCUAAUGUACUCUCCCAAAUGACAUUUUGCCUACAGUAUCUGCAUCGACAGCAUUAUCAUUUUGUUGUACUUAUAAUAACAGCGGUGAGGUGGACUUCUUGUCCUCGUUUAGAGAGGCAGUUUGCGGUUCAGUAUAGACCAGUAAGAAAAUCGCUGUGUUUAGCAGAUGUUAGUUUCUCUGGGGAGUUUAUAUAUUGUCAUCCUCAAUGAUAGUCCCAGUUAUCGAUGUGCAGGCAAACAACUUCAAGGAGUUGUGGGCAGCAGUGGUGAUAGCCAUUAAAACAUCUUCAUUCAUCGCCCUUGAUACGAACAAGAUCAUUCGUGUGUGCGGUCUCUUGUAGGAACUGAGUGGUCUUGGAUCAAGAAAAGCUCUUCUAGCUGAGUGAGUUGUGCGAUUCAAAUAUUCUUAUCCAAUAUCCUAAGAGACUGGAAAAGUAGUUAUGUUUUUUUUUCAUCCUUUGAAGUCCAUUGAAGACAGGUACAAAGCCAUAUGCCAUGCAGCCCGCACACGGUCCAUACUUUCAUUGGGAUUUGCUUGUUAUAAAAAGCUUGACAACAAAGCAGACAGCACAUACCUGGUUCAGGUUUACAAUCUGACCUUGCUUUGCUCAGAAGAAUACAUCAUUGAACCUCAGUCAGUGCAGUUCCUUGUACAACACGGAUUUGACUUCAACAAACAAUAUGCUGAAGGCAUUCCUUAUUAUAAGGGUAAUGAUAAAGGAGGUGAUGCCCAUGGGGUAAACAUGCGCUCCUUGUUCAUAGAACUGCUUAGGGCCAACAAGCCUUUAGUGGUCCAUAAUGGUCUGAUAGACAUGGUCUUCCUGUACCAGUGCUUCUAUGCCCAUCUACCUGAGCGACUGGGCACCUUCAUUUCCGAUCUGUCCCAGAUGUUUCCCUCAGGCAUCUAUGACACUAAGUAUGCAACAGAGUAUGAGCUGAGGUUUACAGCCUCAUACCUGGAAUAUGCCUAUAAGAAGUGUAAGCUGGAAAAUAGCAAAGCCAUUGCAGGAGGUGGCAAUGGGAGUCAUCUGUUUAUAGAGUUUUGUAAAUAUACAGGAAACAUGCAGAGCUACAUAGACUACAGGCCCUGCUUGGACAACCAGAAUCAGCACGGUGCCCUCAACAUCUGUGUUCAGUUCUCUGCGUAUGGAUGGUGUCCUAAUGGCUCUCAAUGCACCAUGUCACAUGACACAGACCUUAUAAUCCAGCAUGAUGAGAAGACCAGAGAAGACAAGAGGAAGAAAAGGAAGCGCAAGAACAAAAAUAAAGCUUCUCAAGGGCCCUCUGAGAUAUGCAGUUCCCCACAGGGCAAAAAGUCACACUUUGAAGAGGCCAGUCUGGACCAGGCAGUGCCCAUAUCUGAACCAGCAGUCCCUGAACAUCAGGAGGAGACAGCGAGUUCUGAGCCAACAGAUGCUGCGAAUGCGUUUGAACCUGGGAAAACAGCCAGCAAGAAUGGAAAUGAGGAAUCUCAGCCAGAAGCACCUUCUGAAGCUCCUGAUAGACCAAAAGAGAAGAAAGUGGAAGGAGGAACUCACCGAGCAGGGUUUGACGCUUUCAUGACAGGCUAUAUUUUUGCUUAUGCCAGAAAUCUGACAAAAAACACAGAAGAACCCAGCACUGCUCCCCUCGUCCCUGCAUGUCUCAAUAAACUCUUCCUCAGUGGCAAGUCUGUUCCUCUACAUGUAGCCAAAAGCACCUUCUCCAAGUCUUCAAAGGCUCAUGUGCACAAGAUGGACUAUGUCUGGGGAAAAAGCACUGCUGUAAAACCUGAAGGAACAGCAUAGAAACCUUUGAUUUUCAGAUUUCAAUUUUUGUGUACACUUUUGUUCAAAUAAAAUCAAAGUUUUUUUUUUUU